AUGUCCUCCCGCCGAACUUUGACGCGCGCUGAGAGGGCACUCAUGGAGACCGACGAGUAUCUCGGUUGGUUUCUUAUAUUUCACUAUUUUCAGCAAAUUUUAUUGAUUCCGUCAACUUUUACUGUAAAAUUUUUUUGAUUUUAACAGCGUUUCGCUUUGGGCAGGUAAUAAAUUGAAAAAAACUGAAACGGUAAAGAGUAAAAAAAGUUUUUUUCAUUUACCAGUAGGAAACGCUUUUUUUUUCUCAUAAAAAAAGUAGUAUAAUAAUAAAUUCUUGAAACUGUAUAGGGGAACACACAACUAGAAAUAGUUAAUAUUUAUUAUGUAGAUGAGAAAAAUAUAACAUAAAUUCAAAAAAAUGUUUUUCUUCAAGCAUUAAUAUCAUUAACAAGUUUUAUACAAUUUUUUCAGUGAAAGACGCUGUUAGACGGAUGCUCGAUGCUUUGGAAAUCGAAGAAGAAAUCGAGAGAACGCAUAGCGUCGUUAAAGAAAUGCAGAAGACCAAUAGUGCGUUUUUUCUUUUUUCUUUCCAUAAUUUUUUCUUAUACUGUUUCCAUAAAAAUCCUCUGAAUCAUAUUGGAGUUUCAGACUUUGCGGGACUGUCGGCAUUGAAUCCCAAUUUCUUCGGCAACGUGUACGCUCGGCUCCAAGAAAAACGUGACGAGGCCGCGGCUGCCAGCGCCGCUGCUGCGGCGAGUUCCACCACGGCUACAACUCCAACUCAAACUCGAACGCCAGCUGCUGAAACCACGACAACUACUAAAUGA